UCUGUUGUGUUGUGGAAAACAGAAAACUGUGGGCGGAGAAAGGUAGGAUGGAAAACAAGAGUAACAGUCAAUCUGCAUCUGCCUCUGGAACUUGUAUAAAAUUCAAUCUGUUGUGUUGUUAAGAUCGUAUUCGCUUCUCUUGCUCGGAGAAGAAUGGUGACAGGCUACAAACAAGAAUAUGUGUACAAGCACCCGUGGGAAAGGGUAACAUCUGCAUCCUGGCGCAAGUUCGCAGACGCUGAGAACAAGCGAAUUUUGUCGCACAUUCUGGAGGUUGACAUGCUGAAUCAUAGUCUGGACUCUUCCAAUGGAAUUCUUCGAACCACGAGGGCGAUAACGGUGCACUGUCCGGGGCCGUGGUUUGUGCGGAAGAUUGUUGGUCAGGAUAUGUGCCAUUGUGUGGAAUCAACGGUUGUGGAUGCGCGAUCUCGUUCGAUGCAACUGAUUUCCAAGAACAUCAGCCUCCAGAAGUUCAUAGAGGUUCAAGAGAUGACUCGCUACGAUCCGCAUCCGGAUAACCCUGCGGGAUGGACGCUCUGUCGCCAGGAGACUUCCAUCCGGAUCAAGCCUUUUUCGGCACUCGCAUCCAUGGCGGAGAAGGUGGAGCAGCGAUGCGCCGAGAGGUUCCUUCAGAAUAGUGGCAAGAGUAAGGAGGUUAUGGAGAGAAUUUGUAAAUAUCUUGAAGCAGAAUCUAGUGGAUUCUCCUUGUGAUUCUAUAUUUGCCAUUUAGCACUUUGUUACAUUAUUUCCUUCUCCUGUUUGUUACAUUAUUUCCUUCUCCUUCAAGGGAUGGCGGUGAUUUGUUCUCUCUUUCUUUGACAUGGCAAAGAAGCACUGUGAAAUGAUAAAUAAAUGACUGACCUUUUUGUUAA